AUGAAGCGCGACAAUGCGAGAUCGCCUGUGAUUGGAGGGAUCAGACAUGUCGCUUGGCUGAAUUAUUCUUUUUUUCGUAUUCUCUGGACCUUGCUCUUCCAGUGGGGCGCUGCAAAAGCGAUCGUCAGACCGAUCAGAGAUGCAGCAGUAGCAGUUGUCAGCGUAUUCUCCCCUCCUCCACCUCCUCCUCCAACCACGACGACUGCCUUACCAACGACCCAAACAACUCUAGCAAAAACGGCUCCUCCGACGCCUCCACUAAGCACUACAAUUGCAACAACAACUGAUGAUCUUGAUGAUUCCACUGUUGUCAUAGUCUUGGUUGUGUUUCUGAUUCUUUUGGUCGUCAGUGGAAUCGGGAUAUUUUUUUACAUGCGAUCCCGGAAAAAUAAACAGCAACAUGCACCGAAUGUGGUAAUUAUGCAGGAUGGAUCAACUGAUGCGGAGACUGGUUUAAGUACUAGUGGAACUUCUGGAACGUCGGGAACCACUGGAACCACUGGAACAACUGGCAUAAAAACAAAGAAAAACAAAAAGAAGAAGAAGAAGACAGCCAGAGAGACUUCUGGAUCUGCUUCCAGUGGUGCUUAA